AGACAAAACACAAGUGCAAGGAAGGACCAAGAAAUUCUAUCAAAAUAUAUAACUAGUAUUUUUGGUAAUUUUUGACUACAUUUUAUUGUAGUAAUGACACAUCUAGUGGAUCACAGUGAGUGUGUUUUUAAUAAUGUUGAAGAAGACGACAAUAACCUCUCCAAAAUAAGAAAAAAACUCCUCGACGAUUUCGAGACUGUGGAAACGAUUAGCGAUGUGUUGAAAACGGCAAAAGCCGCGGACUCAAGAGAACCGAUCAAGGUAUAUCUACGAGUUAGACCUUUGACGGAUCAAGAAGUCGAGGCUGGCGAAUCGCAGGAUUGCUUGCAAAUUGAGAACGAGCGAACAGUGGGCUUACAUCCACCGAAAUCCUCGUUCAAUUUCAAGCACCAUCAUAGGAAUGCUGUGACUGGCGAAACCAUACAACGUUUUACAUUCUCGAGGGUAUUUGGACCCCAAACAAAUCAAAAGCGGUUUUUCGAAGAAACUUCACUCGAUAUAGUGAAGGAUUUUAUCAACGGGCAAAAUUGUUUGGUUUUCAGUUAUGGCAUAACCAAUGCUGGCAAGACCUACACUAUUUUGGGGGAUCGUCAAAAUGCAGGCAUCCUGCCAAGAACGUUCAAAAUCUUGUUCAACACAAUCAAGGAGCAAAACUAUGAAAGUUCAAAUAUCAAGCCAAAGAUGUACUGUGAUGUGGUUAAACUGAGCAGCAUUCAGGAAGAAAAUGAGAUCACAAAGAAGAAAAAUCUUCUCUUAUUAAACGAUAUGACAACCUACCAUCAAAGUAUAAGUUCUAGCGAUUUGUCGCUACAAGAUUCCACUGUUCACGACCCGCGUCAACUGGACGAAAUUAUUGACUUAUCCACACUCCUCGACGCGACCAGUGUAGACGUCGAUGACCAAGGUCCCAUACAAUUUUCCUUAUGGAUAUCGUUUGCCGAGAUCUAUAACGAGCUUGUGUACGAUUUGCUGGAACCCAUUUCAAUGACCAAAGAGGGGAAAAGGAGAAUAUUGAGAGUUGGUGAUGACAGAAAUGGCAAUCCUUACAUUAAAGGAUUAACUGAAAUCCAUAUCAAUAACAUAGAAGAAGCAUGUAAGCUGCUGAAAAUUGGUAGAAAGAACCAGAAGAUUGCUUGUACAAAACUUAACACGCAUUCAAGCAGGAGUCACUGCAUAUUCACAUUGAAAAUUCUUCGUGUAGUGAAUACUGGUGAACCUCACGUGGCUCGAGUGAGCAGAUUGUCGUUUGUUGAUCUUGCGGGAUCUGAGCGCUAUUCGAAGACAAAAAAUACUGGAGUACGAAUUAAAGAGGCGGGAAGCAUCAACACGUCAAUCAUGACUUUGGGAAAAUGUGUUGAGCUUCUCCGUUUUAAUCAGCAUCAUACGAACAAUCAAAAGAACAUUCCGUUCCGCGAGAGCAAGCUUACUCGCCUCUUUCAGGGAUUUUUCUCCGGCAAAGGAAAAGCGUCGAUGAUCGUGAAUGUAAAUCCUUGUGCUUCCGCUUUUGACGAGACUUUGCAUGCGCUGAAAUUUUCUGCCAUUGCCAAAAAGGUGACUACGAUCGCUCAUGGUACUCAUCCAACCGCUCCGAUCCCCAAUAAUCGUGCUCCACGACUUCCCAAAAGAGUUCUUCGUUCGUCAGUUGCCUGGGCCGACGGAUCUACGGCCACUCCAGUUGGGAAUAAGAUCGGAGAAACGUUGGAUUCGACGUGCGGUGUCAUAGAUGAAAGUUUGAGAACGCCUUCGCCUGUUAACCAGGUAGACUACGAAAAAGUUGUAGCAGAACUUCAAACUGAGAUAAUAAAUGCGAAGAAAGAAUUGGCGUAUAUGGAAGUCAAAAUUCGUCAAGAGGUUUCCCAGGAAAUGGCCGAACAACUUGUUGAGAUAGAGAAAGUGUACAAUGACCGUGCGAUAGAAGAACAGCGUGCCACAGAAGAGCUUUACGAAAAGCGAAUUGACAUUCUUACCAAAUCAGUGAAGAAAGCCAGGAAACGUCCGCGUGUGGAGGAGCGCGUGGAAGAUGAUAACGAGGAGGAUGUUUCUGGUAUUUUGUUGCGCCAGGAACAAGUGAAGAACGCAGAAUUGACGGAAUUAGUUGCCGAAUUGAAUGAAAAGCUUUCUGUUGAACAAGUGCGGAUAGCGGAUUUGGAAAAAGAGCGAAUUUCGGUUCAGCAUUUGGAGGAGAAGAUGAAGGAACUGGAGGAACGCGGAGUAUCGGAACGGGAAGCUGCUAAGAAACGGUUCAACGAAAUGCGGCAUGAGUUGGAGGCAGAAAAUUGUGCUGCAAGUGAAAAAAUCAACGAACUUCGUGAGAAAGUUGUUACGGAACAGCAGACUGCGGAUCUUAGGGUUGCAGAUUUGAAAGCGGAACAUGACGAUGACGGGAAGCUAGUUAUACAAUAUGACGAGGAAAUAAAACGAUUGAAGGAGACGAAAUACAUUGAACUUUGCGAACUUCGAAAAGUUAUUGAAGAUCAAGAGAAGAAAAUAGUAUCGCUCGAGGAUGAAAUGGCGAAAAAGGAAAUAAUGUCGUCGGAUUGUGACCGGGAGGCGCAUGAAAAAUGUCUUAGUUUAGAGAAUGAGUUAAAAUCUCGAGGAAAACGAAUUGAAAUGCUUGAGAAAGAAUUGAAAGACACAAAAAUUGAUUUGGCUGGAAAAAAUACUCAAUUGAUGACGAUGAAGACUGUACGUGCCGGUCAGCCGCCUUCCACCCCUACACAGUUGAUUACGGCGAAGACUGUACGUGCUGGUCAGCCGCCUUCCACCCCUACACAGUUGAUUACGGCGAAGACUGUACGUGCUGGUCAGCGGCCCUCCACCCCUACCAAUAACGUCGUGAAGCAACUGGAGAAACGACUUCAAGAUUCGACUGCAGCUUUAGAUCAAAAGAAUUCUCAGCUUAUUGAGAAAAAUAAGACGAUUGCUAAGUUGGACAAGAACGUGAAUGAAUUGAGAGACGAUUUGAAAAAUAAAGAAGAUGAAUUAUUUGAACUUCGAGAAAGAGUAUCGCGUUUCGAUGAUUCCGAAGUUAUUGUCAGAGAAAAAGAUAACACGAUUGUUCAGUUGAGCGCCCAACUAAAGGAAAAGCAGUCAAUGCUGUUGAACAAAACGAAAGAAACAGAAGAAGUUAUUGAGAAUUUACGAUUCGUCGAAGGGGAGUUGCAAAUCCUUAGCUCGAAGGAGGAGGAGACACAGAAGGAUAUUUCGAUUCUUUCUAACGAAAGGAACAGUCUGAAAUGUGAAAUGGAAAAGUGUGAAUCGAAGUUGGAAGAGUCUGGUCGAAAUGAGGAAAUGUUAAGACAAAAAAUGGAAGAGUUUAGGAAAAACGAGGAAAAAAUCCAAGAGCAAACGUUGAAGUUUAACAGCGAAAUCGAGGAGCUGAAACAGUCAAUUCGAUUGAAAGAAAUCGAAAUAAAGAAAAUCGAAGAUGACAAAACGGAACGAGUUGCUGAGUUGCUUAAAAACAUAAAAAGCUUGGAGGAAACACAGAAAAAAACGGAUGAACGUUUACAGAAAAGUGUUGCAGAAUUUAAUCUUUGUCAGAAAUCCAAUGAGAAACAAUUGAAGGAACUUCUCAUCGGAAAGCAAGAGAUACAGGCUAAAUUUGAUCAGGCUCUUUGCGAUCUUUCAUUUGUCCAAGCGUCUGUCAGCGAGCGCAAUCGAGAAUUGGACUCGUUGAAUGACACAGUCCGCUGCAAGGAAGAUGAAGUACGAACGCUGCAAGCGGAGUGUGGUAAACUUCGCAAUGAACUGAAGACAAUUUCCGAACGCAAAAACGAUCGCACUCCCGAACUCGACGAUGAAAAAGAAAAAAUACAAAAACUUUAUGCUGAACUUUCGAAAGCUGAUGAAAAAAGGGCAAGAGAAAAUGUCAUACUGAAGAAAGGUCUUGCAGAACAAGAAAACCUCGUGGCAAAAAUGGAUGUGGACCUUGCCUCAAAAGUUCAAGAAAUAGCUGAUCUGUCGUCGCAAAUCGAGCGGUUACAUAAGGAUAAUGACGUCAUGAAAGAAUUGAGGAAAACCAAUGGCGACUUGGAAGAACAGAGUGAACUGCAUAAAAUCAAGAUAUUCGAACUAGAGACUGAGGUGGAAAAACUUCAUCAAAAUCUAGAGAAAGAGACGACAAAGAAAGACACCGCGACACAAGCAUUGAGAGAUGGCUUGGCUAUCGCAAAGACAAAGAAGAAAGAGUACGAAGUGAAGUUAAAAAAAAUCGAAGAAGAAAAUGCUCUUGCGUUGAAGGCAUAUGAGGAAAAAGUUGCCGAUUUAAAGCAAGAGAUGGAGACGUUGAAAUCCGAGAAAAAAAUUAAUGGCGGCAAGACACUGGACAAUGUGGAACACAAAGUAUUUCAAUUUGAAAGUGGAAGUAGCAGUAGCAACGAAAACGGCGACUUUGAAUACAAGCCAAUCGAUGUUGAGAGCUUUAAUUCAUCACCGCGAAGUGAUCGUGUGGAGAUUGAUGUAACUCCCAUCACAGGAAGGGGUUUAGUGAAUUCUGGGAAGAAAACUGGCGGUAAAAGUCGUGCGUUGAAACGGACGAGCAGUAGCCUCACGCUUAAAGAGAUUCAGCGCAUCUGUUCCGACAAGAAGAUAAAACAUGACAGUGAAGAUGAUUUUACUCCUGCGUCUAAAAAGAAAACUCGCAGCUCAACAUUGCAACAUUUGAAACAAAAGGCAUUUACUGGUUCGACUGGGUCAUUGCCUGGUUUGAAGGAAAACUCUGAAAACGCUGACCCGCGUAAAACACGAGCUUCUACGAAACUCUUCAGUAAAUUUCCUUUUUCAUCUGACGACAAAGACAAACCAAAGACAGGAAAGGGUAAGCGACGAAAACUGCUGAAAAAGAUCGAUAUUUCUUCCCCAAUUGAUUCGCCUCUUGCCGUCAAGAUGGAAACUGUAAACAUUUCUCCUGCAUCAUCGAGGGCGCAAGAUGUCAUAAUGAGACGCUUACGUUCGCGUAACGUAAAAGUGAAACAUUAAAUGUGAAGAAAGAUGAGAGUUUAAGUAAACAAUGACAAACAUCUGGUAAAGAUUGUUUGCCUCAAAGAUGAAUUUUAGAGCCAUGAAAUUGAUCUAUGUUUCCAGCUUAUGUUUACGAAUGUAAUUAUGUUACUUUCUUUUAGUAAUUUAAACUCCGAAUUCUAAUCUAAAUUGUAAAUAGUUCAAUUUGACCGAGAUUCGACGUAUGUUCGAAAAGGAAUUUGAUCUUUGGAUUUCAAUAGUAGCGGAGCCAGCCUCCUGGUUGUUUUAGUCCUAUUUAAACAUUUUAUUCUUGUUUAAAUUGAGAAUAUUGGCUUAUACAAGGACUAAGUGAUUGGGUCAGCUACACGAUUAUUACAUUAAAAUAACAUCUAAAUUAGCCAA